AUGCCGAUUCCCUUGCUCUCGGUUGGCCCCGUUCCGACCUUCAACAUGGCUGAGGACGAUGGCGAGGACGGCGACGACUUCGAUCUGUUCGCUGACGAUGCCACCUCCCAUCACUCAGGAUGGUCCGAGCCACCUGCCAGGCCAAUCGCUGAGGCCUUUGAUGUUGAGCCCAAUGAAGAUGAGCAGACGCCGACAUCUCCUACGAGCUGGCGCUGCCUCCGCUGUGACUCCACGAGGGCGACCUUGGUGAGCCAAUUUGGCCGUUGGCAUUGCUUGGAUUGCGGAAGCCAUGAGUUCUACCAGGUUGACAAGCCGACCAAGUCCGUGACUUCGACUGGCACAUGGAUGUAUGUUCCUAAUGCCCCUGCUGCAGCAUCACCUUCCUCGAAGGGUGGUCGCCGGCGGAGAAGGAAGAAGAGUGCACGAGACGGCGGAGCCCCUGGUGAUGACCAUGGCCAGGACGACGACGAAAAUGAACAAGCCGAAUCAGAACAGUUGACCAAUGACCCUGUCAUCGACCCCUUCGAUGGAAAGAGAGGGCCACGAGCUGGACACCUCCCUCAUUCUGGGUUACCUCAUGGAGUCCCUCCUCAACGGCCUGACCAGGCCGGAGCAGGAUCACCACUAUCCCCUGACGAUCGACGACCAGCUGGAGGUGCACCUGACCACGAUUCACCUGUACCUGUCCUACAUGAGGUCAGACCGACCUUCACAAGCUGCCGGAUCCUCAACACCUCCGGCAAGUUGGAACUCCAAGAAAGGGCCCACGCCCGGAGUGAAGUGGAAGUCGGGGCAGCCACCCGCUGUUCCGACAUCCGACAUAAGAACGACCAGAACGACAUGCGCGCCUUUGCAAAGUUCACGAAGAAGAUCGCCAUAUGGCGCCUUCAAAUGGAAGCCUACGCCAGCCCCAAAGAGCAGGCCCUGAUCUUGUACAAUGGCCUCACCGGCGAACUUGAACAAGAAUUGGAACACUUCUCCAUUGAGGACAUCUUCAAGCCGGAUGGGGUGGACGUCAUCAUGGGCUUGCUCAAGAAGCCGUUCGAACAACGCCUCAUUUACCAGAAAAGGAGAUUUCUGCACGAGUUCGAGACCUUCCGCCGCUUUCAAGGCGAGUCGAUGAGGGCACACGUGCAGAGAUUCAGGAGGGUGCAAAGAUCCCUCAAAUCCGUCGGAGUGGAGAUAAGCGGAACGUUUGACUCCGACUCGCUGGGCUCCAGACUGCUGGACCGCAGCGGCUUGUCCUACCAGGACCAAAGGAUGGUCCUCAUCGGCACGCAACAAAGCCUGGACUUUGAGACCAUCGCCGAGUGCUUAGUCCUUCAAUGGCCAGAGUUCAGGACCGCUCCACUCGUCGUGAACAAGGACGGACAAAGCAAAGGAGCUGGCAAGAGCAAGCAUGGAACUUCACCGACCUCAUCGACGACCAGCGGAUCUUCGUCUUCGGCAUUCACGAAAGGUAGCGGCAAGUCCAUGAGCAGUGGCAAGUCCAUGCCACGACGACAGACCUACAUCACCGAGGUCAUUGAUGAAGAGGCCUUUGAGGCCGAUGAGUUCGAAGAUGCUCAUGAACAACCGGACGAACUUGAAGCCGAAGCCGAACAAGAAGAGCAACCAGAAGAUGAAGAAGGCCAAGAGGCCACAGACGAUGUGACCGACGACUUGACCCACCUCGCACAGGUCGUGACGGUCACGGCUCGCAAAUUGAGUGGCAUCACCUUGGGUCGCAAGUUUUCCACCGGCAACAAAAGCAAGAAGUCACCGGAUGAACUCCGGAAGGUGACACAUUGCUCAGCUUGCGGUGCUUUGGGGCACUGGUAUCAGGACCAGGCAUGCCCGAUGAAUCAAGGAGCUGGAGCUGGAAAGGCUGGCAAGCCCGGCAAGGGGUCCAAAGGAUCUUCAAGCUCGAGCUACCGCCAGACCUCAGGCCCUGACAAAAAGGCUGAUCGUCCUCAUCAGGUCAGCGUGGUGCACCAUGAGCACUUGUCCCUCGAGGUGAACGAUGCACCCCCCUCAGACUAUGGUACAAUGUUUGCCAUCAACAUGGUCACCAACCUCCCUUUUCAGGUUCAUGAGACCAAGGGCUUCGGGACUGGACACGACCUCACCGGCUACAUGGUUUUGGAUUCAGCCUGCCAGAGAACAUGCGCUGGCAAAGCUUGGUACCGGUCCCAUGGUGACAUGUUGUUCAAGCACCACCUCAAGACCAAGGAGAUCCCCUCGGAAGAUGUAUUUCAGUUCGGCAAGGGUGAACCAACGACCUUCCUCAUGCGGACGGCGCCGCCCGCAUGGCUUCAGCGCUGGCGCCGCUUGGUCUCAUGCCUCGAGGCCUUCAAGAGGAACAUCUGGAUCUACAUGGCGGGGGGCGUGCGAUUGGGCAUCAUGCCCAAGGCAUGGCUGGACCAUGCAGCGCCGCCGGAGAUGAGCCCACGACUUCAUCCCGAGAAGUGCCAGCGCACGGUGAUCAAGAGGUACGGCAAUGCGCAUGGCAGGUUCGCUCGUCGCCAAACCUGCCUUCGAAAGUGGAAAUGGAACAACAAGAAGGAAGAUUGGGACAUCUGGUCUUCCCAAGGAGGUGGCUCUCUCGCUUCCUCUUCUCGACAAUUGCCAUUGCCACAGCCGUCAUCGAAGGCAACGGCAUCUGCAGGGAGCACCAGCAAAGCUCGACCGAAGCCCAAGGCCAAGAGCACGGCAGCACCAUGUUCGACCUGGACAUCAACUCUUUCGGGUUGGACGAGCUUCGAGAUGGGCUACACGCUCCACACCGACCACUUGACUCAGGAGGAGCAGGUGGAGGUCUUCAGGAUCCUGGAGCAGAGGUCGCCGCUGGAAGCAGAGCCGACCACCGUGGCGGAGUUCGCUUUCCUCAACGAGGAGCACUUCAGGCCUCACCGGGAGAAGCUGGAGUUGGCGGCCGAUCGAAAGAGGCACGAACGCCUGGCGGAGCUGGGCGUGUUGAUCGAGGAGGACGAGGAGAUCAUGGACUGGGGCCUCAUCGACGAGAUUGUGAAGUCAGAAGGGCCAAUGGACCAGAUGGCAAAACGACUUCGAGGAGACUGGAACAAGGCCGCUGACAUCCUCGAGAAGGAGUACCAGGUCUAUGCAACAAGCAAGCCGACCAUGGAGAGACCUCCGCCCUAUGCUGACCUCUGGGAAUUGUUCGCUGGAAGCCCAAAUAUGACCCGGUUGGCAGCUCACUAUAACCUGAACACCUUGCAGCCCAUGGACCUCCUCUAUGGCCAGAACUUCAAGGACCCAGCCAUGCGUAAGAUGAUCUUCCAAAAGCUCGACCACUAUAAACCUUGGCUGGUGAUCAUGGGAGUGGACUGCAGGUUAUGGAACCAGUUCAACAUCAACCUCAACUGGUCUUCACCAGACAGGCGGCUCGCACUACGCCACUUGCAGGACGAUGAGAAGGUUCUUGUCGAGUUUGCCGUGGCGGUCGCACUACGACAACACCGGGCAGGGCGCUACUUCCUGCUCGAGAAUCCACAGGGGUCACAGCUGUGGAACUUGGAAGAGGUGACCGACCUUUUGGGCCUCCGUGGAGUUUGGACCACAGAUCUAGACUGUGGAGCUUAUGGAGCUGAAGUUGAUGGACAACCAAUCGCAAAACCAAUGAGAUGGGCAGGAAAUCAACCUGGCCUACAUGAACAGCUCAACCGUCGGCUCACACCUCUCCAGAAGAUGUACUGCACUCCCAUUCAGGGCAAGCUCACAAGACGAUCUCAAGAAUACCCUGAUGAACUAUGUCAUGCAGUACUUCAGGAGCUCCGUGCACUGAUCUUCCAAAAGGAGCCCCUACGAUUCGGACCACCACAACACAAGGUCUAUGCAACGGCCUACCCAACGGCCGAUCUCGACCUAUGGGACGACAUCGUGAAGUACGUGGACAAUGUCUACGAAAGAGGAGCCAAAAGACCUUUCAACUUCCCCCUGGACUCCGACAUGGGCAAGAAGAUUCAAGAGCUUUUCCGCAUCAAGGCCGUGCGCAUUCAGGCUUUCUAUGCUCCGACUUCUAGGAGGAUUCCGGCCAAUGUGGAUGAGUACUUCACGAGAGCAGCAUUCAGUAUGCUGACAAGACCCGAGCAGUUGAGGACGGAGACCACUUCACCGGCUACACCGGCUCCAGAUGCAGACAGGGCCAUCAUUCCAGGCCUCACGACCGACAUCUCCUUCAGCGGUGUCGAUGGAGUUGACCAACACGUGAAGCGGUCGCUUGCACGGCUACACCUGAACCUGGGACACCCCAGUACUCAAGAGCUGAUGAGGCUACUGGCACAUCAAGGACGCAUCCCGGCAACAGUCAUCAAAGCAGUGCAGGGCAUGAGUUGCUCUACAUGCCAACGGCUGAAACCACCUCAAGAACCACGACCAACCAGUAUGCCUUCAUUGGUCGCAGGACAAUUUGGUGAUGAGCUGCAGGCAGAUGUUUUCUACUGCCGACUACUGGAUGGCACUUCGUUUCCGGUCCUUGGCAUCAUUGACAGAGCAACAGGUCUCCACAUGGCUGGCCUCAUGAAGAACCGGGACUCGGAGACCACCUUUGAGCUCCUCACCGACCUUUGGCUUCGACCUUAUGGUCUUCCUUUGAAGUUCUCAUGCGACCCGGACCGAACAUUCCGGGGAGAGUUCGAGAAGCGCCUGAUGUCACUUGGCGUCCUCGUUGAACAUUGCCCACCAGAGGCCCACUACCUCAUCGGCAUGAUCGAAAGACGCAACGCCAUCUUGCGCCUGACCAUCGAGAGGCUGAUUGACCAGUUCGCCAUCGUCGACUUGGCAGACGUCCCACUGAUCCUGGUCCAGGCAUGUCACGCCUGCAACACAAUGGCAUUCACCAGACGACGCUCUGCAUACCAAGCAGUCUUCGGAAGGGUCCCACGGCUGCCAAAUGAUGUGCUCACAGACGGACAGGUUUUGAGCACCUCCACUCAACCAUUCCGUGACCCUGAACAUCCUGGACUACGAGCAGAACUGGUGCGCAGUGAAGCUCUGAAGACUCUCAUCGAUCUUAAUGCACAACAACAGUUCCGUCGAGCUCUACUGCGCAAGACAAGAAACACCAGCAUCCCAGACCUUCAACCUGGACAACGAUGCGUGGUGUGGCGCUGGACGAAGAAAGGAGUCCGCAAGAGAGGCGCAUGGCUGGCAGCUCGAUUUCUGUCAUGGGAUCCUGCCCAUGAAGGAAAACAAGCCUGGGUGAGACUUGGUGCAUCGACCACUUUGGUCACGGCAGAACAGCUCAGGGCUGCUCAUUCCUUCGAAGACUGGUGCCCUGACGAGCAAGACAUCAAGGUCUUGAAGGACGCCAGCAAGAACUUCGGCCAGCACAUGCUGGAAGAUGAGCGCGGUCCACCACCGCCUCAAAAAGCCUUGACACAAGACGCUCACUUGGAGCAGGAGGCGCUGGAGUAUGACAACACGGCACCACCGAUGACACCAGCAAUGGCUGUUCCGGCAACACCAGCUCAAGCCUCACAAGCAGCACCAAGCACACCAGCACCACAGGGCAGCACUACCGCAAAUGUGCAGGUCAACAUCGACAGCCCAACCCACAUGCACCAUCACACCACGGUGCAGACACUACAACGGUUUGGGGACCUUCCCAAACAACUUCGCACUACGAGGUCGAGAGGACCCUCCACACCUUUGGAAUCAGCACACUCCAAACGGACUCGUGCAACACCGGCUGAACUAGCACAUUUGGCAAACACUGCCACGGGCGAAACGGCCCCAGCAAUCGCACCGCACAGCGAGUUUCACCAAGCAGAGGUGGACACACCUCAGGCACCUACCAUUUUGGAGGAGCCACAACACCCGCCAGAAGGUCCUCAAGUCACCUUUGCACCUACACCGGCAGAACUGGUACCAGUACCAGAUGAUGAGGACCUGGCAGAACCUCAUGAAGUACAACAUCAACAGGAAGCAGAUACAGAUGCAGCAGCAGCAGGAAAAAGCACUGAAGACGCGGCAGCUGCAGAGCCACAAGCAGAACAGGCACACGCACCACAGCCAAUGGCUGAUGAACCACUUCCAACACUGCCAAUGAAGAGGCCAUUUGACACCUUGGCACUCUCACUCGAGGAGGACGGCAGCUUCUCGUUGGCAAGCAGGUUCUGGAAUGGCACACCGCCACAACACUAUGGGCCACAAAGCAAAACCUUCUCCAAGUGCUACGCCACUACAGCACAACGUCAACAGGACAUAGCAAACACAGACAAGCCGGCAGAAGAGUCUGACACAUCCGUGGAUUCGGAGGACUCUUCAACACAAGCAGACAACAAGCAACCGCAGCGACAACAUCAUGCUGCAGGACAAGAUCCUGAGGAAGAGGAUCAUGCGCAGCCGCGCAUGCUACAGGGACAAGAACGUCGGCCAAGGACCAUUGAGAUGAUCUGCUACCAGAUGAUCGUGUCUGGACUCAAUGGCGAGCUCUUCAACACCACCUUAAAGUGGUCAGCCUGGGCGGGAGAUGCUCAGACGGCCUUUCUCCAGGGCCGACAAAAGGACAGCGAGCGCCCCUUGCCGCUCUACAUGAAGAUCCUGGGCAAUGUCUACGGCCUCUCAAACGCCCCACACCUUUGGAGCGAAGAAGUCUCUUCAAGACUGUCCACCAUGGGCUAUGGGCGACAUGCCUUUGAUCCUCAACUCUUCAUCAAAAGGGACAGCCAAGAUGAUCCCAUCUCCGCCAUCCUCGUCUACGUGGACGACUUCCUCGGGUUAUUAUUCAGAGAAGAUUAUGACAUCUCUGAAGUCCAGAAGCUCUUCCGCUGGGGCGAUUUGAAAGCCUUUGAGCCUGGCAAUCCCAUCACCUUCAAAGGGAAAGAGCUCCUCAUCGAGACCACUGAUGAAGGUCGCUACAAGAUGAGCAUCAAGAUGGAGAAGUUCAUCGAAGGGCUCGACAGCGGCAAGAUCCCCAAGGGCAGGUCCACACAGGACCCUAAGCUGACGGCCUCAGAGCACCAAGAGUUUAGAUCCGUCAGCGGAUGCUUGCAGUGGACUGCAACCCAAUGCCGACCUGAAGUGUCGCCACUGGUGUCCCUGGCCAACCAAGGAGCUGAGACAAGCUAUGUCCAUCUCAAAUCCCUCUACGAUGGCAUCAGCUACCUGAAGAAGACAACACAUCGAGUCGGAGCUCGAAUGGCCAUGGCCCAGGCCAUUGACGCGAAGUCCCUCUAUGAUGCCUUGCUGGCUGACGCUCCGAACAUAUCGGACCGGAGAAGCUUGGUCUCGGUUCGAUCGGUGCAGGAGGUCAUGCGACCUGACCAGGUCCACUGGAUUCCAACGAACUAUGAGUUCGCCGACGGCCUGACCAAGGUGGACGAAAAGCUCAUGUACAUGUUCAGGGCAUGGCUUGAAAGUCCCAUGGCUGUCUUGGUCGAGCAUCCUGAGAACGCCAGCAUUUUGGCGAGGUUGGAGGACAGUGUGGCCAAAAAGAGAAAGACCAGUGAGAAAAUCGUGCAGGUCACUAGGGUUUGCUUCUCCAAGCUUCCAAUGCCACAUCCGGAAGCGGCCCUGCUGCGGCUGCCCUUGGACCCAUCGCUCUGGCAGCUCCACCAGGCGCUUGACGUCGAACACCUCGAACGCCUCCGCGACCCGCGCGCGGCGACGGUGCUGCUGGCGGAGCUCGGGCGGGCGAGGCGGAGCGACCUGACACUGGGAAUGCUGCAGGUGAUGGCGGUGGAGCGGGUGGAGGUGAACGUGUUUCACUGCAGCUGCAGUGCGGCUGGCUGUGAACAGACCACGAGGUGGGCAGAAGCCUUGCAGGUGCUCUCUUGGAUGAAGAAAUGGCAGCUGGAGCACAAUGAGUACACUGAAAGCAUAUCUCACAAGGCCUAUGCUCAAGCAAGUUGUUGGCAGCUGGCACUUUGCAGCUUGUCUGGAUCCAUCCCAGUCUCAGCACUCACAGCCUCCACAGUUUCCUGGGAACUGCUCUUGGAGAUGACCUGGUUUGCGCGCCAUGCGCGGACCGAGCCGAGCUGUAGGGCCAUCACGUCCGUGGCGGGCCAGGUGGAGCAAGGAUGGUUGGUGACGCUGAACCUGCUGCAGUGGCUAGGGAGGUCAGGCUCCAGCCCUGAUGUUGUAGCAUGGGGUGCUGCGAGCAGCGUCUGCGAGAAGUGCGAGCAGUGGCGCUGGCCUGGAGAGCUUUUGCGAACCAUGAGGAGCUGUGUUUUUUUAAUAUAUAUGUGUGAGUGGUCCUGCACGUGAUCUUUCAGUGCUGUGUGCAAAAUCAGUUGCAACAUCUUUUUGUUGUUGCUGUUCCUACAACUCGCCCC